CUUUUUUCUCCUUUCUUCCCCAUUUCUCAGUGACGCGCUCGAUUUCUCCCUUUUCUCUCGCCUUUCCCUUCUUCCCUCUCUCUCUCUCUCUAUAUAUAUAUCUCUCUUUCCCGCCCAUGGACGAGCGCGAACCCCAGCGUCGAAACCUGCUCCACGCUGUCAAGCUGGCCGUGCAGGGCGUGCUGGGCGACGCGCUCAACCACCCGGAGACGCUCUCGACCUACCGACCCGACGCCAUCCAGCUCAACCUGCUCUGCUCCGACCUCGAGAAAAUCUUAUACUAUGGUCUUCGCGACUCUGCGGGCAUGUGGCAAGGCAAUCGCACGUUCUGGAUGUUUAUUGAAGGUCUUGAAUGGUUGAACAAGGCUCAGUCGGUUUCGCUAUCCAACAUUCGCCUGUACGGAGACGACAGCAUCACACGCCAACGCGCCUGGCUGCGGCAGGCUGUCAUUUACAAGAAGUUUGUGGAGCAUAUUGUCAUUCUAACGGGCCAUCGCACACACCUCAAACAAUACUACCAUCAGUGGGCUAUUCUAUGCAGCGAUGAAUGCGUUCAGGUUCUUGCUUCGAUGAUGCUUCCUCUGGACCGCAUCAAUCUCGUCGAGGUCGACCGCAAACCCAACGCGCAGCCGGCCCCUCCAGCUGUUGCUGGUCGCCCGCCAAACACUCCGCAGCCUUCAGAACACGACGUGGCCGUUCGUGCUGUGAUUGCGCAGGACCUGGCCAACUCUGCACCGGUUAGCGCAGCAGUCUCGGCGCCCACGGCGGAAAAGAAGAAAAAGUCCAAGGUGAAAAAGAACGUUGCCGUGGUGGAAGGCUUUGCAGGCCAGGGAGAAACCAGCACCACGUCGUCAACGACCAAUGGCAUUCUGACGGCGCUUAAAUCAAAGCAACCUGCCGCCGAGGAUUCCGACAAACCCGCUCAGCGACGAUCUAGCACGAGCAUUGCCAUCAGCCAUGCAAGCGCAGGAUCGGGUGCAAGUCUCUCCACUUUGGAAGGCGUGGCUCAGAGCGCGCCAGCCGUUACUAACGAUCAAACAAACAGUGCCAAGCGUCUCAGUGCCGGCACGUCUGACGAUUUGCUUCAAUCUGUGCUCGAUCAACAUGCCAGCGCCACUCGCCCCAGCACCAGCACCAGUAGCAGUAGCAGCCAGCCGAGCUCGUUUAUCCCGCAGGCGCAAUCCACCUCGCCUAGUUUGCAAACGUCGCACACGACACCUGUCACUGCGGCAGCAAUAACUCCAGCGACGCACUCUGCGCCAGCCCAACACCAGACAUCCUCCAAUGCGUCGUCCGCAACAGCCUCUCCAGUUUUAACAACAAAAACCCCAGAAAGGUUACUGGAGGAGGAGGCUCCGUAUGGGUCGUUCUUUAGCACACAGGGCUUUGCUGCGUCGCAGCCGCAAGUGACGACUGGUCCAGCCGUAAUUGCCUCGUCGCUGGCGGCGACACAAUCCCCCAGGUCACCGCUCCGACCUCAGCACAGCCGUGCCGCCAGCUCAUCCUCGGCACUCGAUUUCAUCCCGGGAGCACCAGCGGCCAAAUCUGCGGCCACGAUUGACUCGUCAUCGCCGCGGGAUCCAACUCGCUUUUUCAAAGGCCACUCCUUUGCAAACAGCGUCUUGUCGACAGAUCAGGCGGGAAUCAUUGCCACGGGAGAGUUUGCACGGCAAGGCGACGGUUUGCGGGGCGAGCCGGGACGCGACGACUUGCUCGACAGCCAAGAGGAAACUGCCCGCUCGCGCGGCAGCUCCAAGUCAUCCACCAAAUCUGCAGAUGGCCGGGACGAUAUUGCCAAGUUGAAACGCUUGACGCACAGGCGUGUCAAGAGCGGCGCCGACGAUUCCGCGUUGAGCCGAUCAACGUCAUUAACUGGCGAGGCGCUUGCUGCUGCUGGUCCCGAAUCUGUAGCUGCUUCCCAUCCGAGUGCCUCUGCGAAAGGCAAAGGGCCAUUACAAGCAACCUCAGCAGACCAAACCCUUUCCAAGUCUGCCAGCGCCUCCUCGCUGUCAGCCGCCGCGACCGCCCCCGCCGACGAUGAUGACGACGCACUGUACGGAAUGCACGCGUCUCUGGAGGACGAAGAGCAUCAACGCGACCAAGUGCAUUCGUCCUAUCCGCAUCCUGCGGUUGCGGCUGCGGCUGCCCAGGCUGUUUCCACGAAAGGAACCCCGACUCUUCCAGACACCCCUACCCUCAUUCGCGACCAAUUCCAGCUGAACCAGGAGCGUCAGUUGGCCGCCUCUGCACCAUCAGCAACCAACUCAUCUUUAUCGCACGCGCAGCCCCAACACCAGCAGCACCUUCAGCAACAAUUUCAGCAACAACUCGAAGCGCAGCAGUACCCGCCACAAUUACAGUCGCAGCAGGCAAACUUCUUCCCGUCGCCAAAGGCCGUUUCGCGAAGUGACUCGUCGCAAUUGGGAUGGCGGGCCUCGUACAAUGGCGUCGGAGGCAACCCGCUGACGUCGCCCAACAUUAUCGACAUUAUCUCUGAUUCGCAGUACGCCACAUCCUCCGAACUGGAAAAGGAAAACGCCCACUUUACCGUCAGCGAAGCGCUGAUUGCUGCUGUCGAGGAAUCUAGGCAGGUGGCGCAAGUCAUCUCGGCCAGUGCCAACGAUCUUUCCAUGACGGGCUACCAAACGCCCGGCUUCGGCGACGUCAAUGGCGAUGGUGGCGCGAUCGGCGACCCGCAAGCCCAUUUCAACAGAAACGGUAUGCCUGAAGCGCAUCCGCCAACCUCCAGCCAUUUAGUGGACGAUGUGGUCGUGGUACGCGAGAUGGACGACGAUACAACGCUUCUGCACGACUCCCGGGCGCUAGAGAAUGCAAUUCUCGUCAACCGUACCGCCGACGCCGGCGAGUUUUCCGACGAUAGCGACGAAGAAAUUAUGCAGUUGAAGCGACAGCUGUUGGCAAAAAAGCGCCAAAAGGAGCUGCGAAAGCGCAAGGGCUCUGCGAGCGACGUUUCUCGCACGGAAGAUCCCUUAGCUGCGUCCGGCAUUUCAACCGCGUCCUCGGAUAUGAACGCUGCGUCGCUUCGGCUGAGCCUGCAAGACGAUCAGCUGGCAAGCUUUGCAAACCGAAGCAAGCAGUCUGCUGCCUCCGCCAUGCGCAGACCCGACUCUCAGAGAGCACAAUCUGUCAGUCUCCAUCACUUGCCGUCCGAUUCGGAGGACGAUCUAUUCGAUGACGAGGAGGUCGAUGAAACAGCGAGUCGUCUGAACGCUGCCAAAGAGGCCCGUCGCCAACGGCAGCUCAAUGCCGCCCAAGUGAGUGCGACUGCUACCAGUGCUGCUGCUGUCGCUGCAGCUGCUGUUGGAUCGAACAGCUUGGAGCGCGGCGAAGGCAGCAUUUCGCCAUCUCCUUCGGCCUCGUCUGGCUUGUCCGCGGGGCGGCAGAUGAGCUUGCCUCGAAGCCGGGCUCAGUCGGGUGGGGCCUUGACUCCUCCUCCAGCCGAUGACGUUUACUCGCAGGAUCGGUAUGCCCGCCAUACGCCUUGGUCGACAGCCUCGGGUCGUUUCUCAAUCCAGCCGCAGCAGCAGCAGCAGUUGCUGCAACAGCAGUCCACCCAUCAACCUCAGCCCCUCGACUACAACCCCGUUGCUGCCACCGCUGUAGCCGCAGCAGCGGCUGCCGCUGCCGUCGCAGCUCUGACGUCAGUUCCCGGGGAAAACGACGAGGAGGUGCGAAGCACUGCAGCAUUUGUUGCAAAGCAAUUCUUGCAGUCCCUCCCAACAGCUCCAUCGCCUGCUCAGUCCAUGUCUCCGCACAUGGACAUGUCCAUGUCCAGUGAAUCUCUGGACGUGCUACCGGGCUCGCGAGCACUCUCCCCUCAACCUGGAGGCCGCCGCACACCAAAUUCUUCGCUGCCAUACACCAUCGCUCACCACCUCCAGCACGCGAUGCGCUUCCUUGUCAAGGACGCCGACACACCCCAGACCAUGCUUCCAUUGCCGCUCAAUCUUGCGCGUCGAAACAGCCUGAUUCGUGCCAACCGAGACUUGAGCAUCCCUCCCAUGAGUGGCGAAGUGCCUCCUCCUGGCGUGUACAAUGACAAUGUUCCAGUCGCCUCUCCGCCGCUUGCAAGUGCGUCGGGUAUGGAAGCCGACGCCAAGGCAGGCCAGCAGCGUGCCACUCGUGUCCGCGGCACCGAUGACUGGGCUCCUCCGCGGUCGCAAGUCAUUUUCAAUGUGCAGACGAAACCGAGCAAAACCAAAGUCGGUGUGGCUGCUCAAAACUAUCGCUGCACGGGCUGUGGUCUGCGUUUUGAAGAAAACUAUGUCAAAAAGUUUCGAUUCUGCGAGUAUAUCGGCAAGUUCUUUUGCGCAAGCUGUCACUCGAACUCGGUUGAGAUUAUUCCCGCCCUUGUGCUGCACAAAUGGGACUUUAAACCGCGGAAGGUGUCAAAUUUCGCCAAGGAGUUGCUGCAUCGGAUAUUUUCCGAGCCUGUAUACAACAUUGGUGCGAUUAAUGCGAACUUGUACAGCAAGGUCAAAGCCCUCGCAGCGUUACGGACGACUCGCACUCAACUCACCCUCAUGAAGGACUACUUGCGCACAUGCCGAACUGGUGCAAAACUUUUGGAAUCGAUUGCCGACCGCGAGUACCUUGUGAACGAAAGCGAGCUCUACUCGAUGCGGGACCUGCUUGAGAUUUACCCAGAGGACAAGAUCAGCGAGCCGCUGCGUGCGUUGGCUCGGAACGGAAUGGCUCAUGUGAUGAAAUGCGAGCUCUGCCAAGCCAAGGGUUUUAUUUGCGAGUUUUGCAACAACUCCAAGGACAUUUUGUAUCCGUUCCAGCUCGGAAAAUCGGUUCAAUGCGAAGGCUGCAAGUCUUUCUUCCAUGCAGAGUGCUAUGUCAAGGACAGGUGUCCCAAGUGCAUGCGUAUUCGUGCGCGUGAAUCCAAGCGUGCGCUGACUGCGGCGCCAUAAACUCUCAUUUUCUCACUCUCAAUCUCGAUUCCCCAAUCAACCCUUUUGUAUUUUUUUUUUUAUUCUUUAAUAAAUCCAACCUUUCGACGCA